UUUGUGCAUCAAACUGUUGUACGCUUAUAGGUGGUUUUAUAGAAUGGCAGUACUUCGCGGCUGGAGAUUUGUGGCAUUCGUUUCAUGCCUCGUCGGAGCUGUUGGCUUUACUCUUUACCCAGUUAUAGUGGAUCCCAUGAUGAACACUGAGAAAUACAAGUCCUUGCAGGAAUACAGCAAAAUAAAACGGGACGAACUGCAGCAUAGGAAUAUUAAAUAGUUAAAGCAGUCAAACAACCCCGUUUGAAAUGUUUACAUCCACUAUGCUACGUCUUUAAAUUUAUUUAAAUGUUAAAAUUUGUUGGCUACAGACAUAAUAUAGUUUUAUAUAUGCA